CAAAUAGCCUCAUCGUCGUACCACUUCAGCGAUCAUCAUCAUCAUCAAGUUCAUCAUCUCCUUCAUCUUCUCUUUUGUCAUCCGUCGCUGGUCGACUUCCGAUAAACACAAUGCGUGCCCUUUCCACUUCUUCCAAGCUGGCCUUGGCUAUUCUGGCCUCUUCUGAAGCCGUCCGUGCCCUGCCUGCUGCUCGUCCUCGACCGCUCAGCAAUGACGAUGUCAUCCAACUUCUCGAAGCUGCUGGCAGCUAUCAGAAGAGGGCAGCUGAUCCACACUGGUAUGACGAUGUCUUCCAAGGUGCCCUAGAAUGGGGCGGGGACAUCGCAGGCCAUCUCGGAAUCAACGAAAGAUCCGCCCGACCUGAUCCUCACUGGUACGAUGAUGUCUUCAGCGGCGCUCUGGACUGGGGUGAGGACAUUGCCAACCAUCUUGGCAUUAAUGAAAGAUCUGCUGUGCCAGACCCACACUGGUACGACGAUGUUUUCAGUGGAGCGCUUGACUGGGGCGAGGAUAUCGCAAACCAUCUUGGUAUCAAUGAGCGAUCUGCCGACCCUGGCUCGUUUGAUCUUGACCUGAACAACAAGGAUGCACAGCGCAGUUACCAGGAAGCUCAGCGCUAUUAUCGUUCCCACCCACUAUCAUUGGACUUCGGGCGUGUGAACACCAGGCGUGACAUCAAUGCUCUGACACGUCGUGAUCCCAACUGGUGGAAGACUCUCUACUCCACCAUUGACAACCUCAUUCUCAGACGAGACGUCGGUGAUCUAGACCGCCGCGACCCAAACUGGUGGAAGACGCUUUACACCGCCAUCGACAACAUCAUCCUCAGGCGCGGCGUGAACGAUCAGGAGAUCCCAGCGUGGCUUCAGGAGGCGAUGCAGAAGCGUGAUGCGCACUGGUGAACAAGGCUCUCGACAUCGGCGAGCAAGUCGCGGGUGAUGCUUUGCAAGUCGCACCCUACCUCAUCGAACGCGAUGCUGCAGCUGAGGACGUUCCAGCUUGGCUUUUGGAGGCACUGCAACAGUGAGUUGCGCAUUCGAGGAUUUGGCUGGUUCCAGUCCUGAGUGUGCGGCGAGACGGAGUGACAAGUACGAGUGAUAAGAUGGAGGAGAUGAUGGAUGAUUGAUGAUUGAUGACAGUUGUGAUUUUUGUUGUUUUGUAUCUUCUGGGUAGACUUUCUUCGUCCAAUGACUACGCCUCGUAUGCUGGUUGCAGUCGAUUUCUCCCA